CCCUUCCGCCUCCACUUCCGCCCUUCCGCGCGUCGUUCCCCCCCGCCCCCCUCUCGCCCUCGACAAAGAUGGCGGCGCCGGCGGUGGCGGCGGAGGGCCGCGAUCCCGGUACCGCCCGGCUGCGGCCCCGCCCACCCCGCCGGGGACACGCCCCUCCCCGCGCGCCGCCGCCGCCGCCAUGAGCUCGGCACCGAGCGGGCCGCGGCGGAGGCGGGGGGGGGGCGGCGGCGGCGGGACCCCCCCGGCGGCCGAGGACGGGGCCCGGGGCCGGUUCCUCUCGGCCUGGAACAGCGUCCGAUACGGCUGGACGGUGCGACCCAAGACCCAUUUCACAACAAACUCUCCCCCCUCCACCUCCUGGGGCGGGCCUACCGCCCGCGCCGACGAGGAGCUGGACCGUUUCCAGCGGGAUUUCUCCUCCCGGUUGUGGCUGACGUACCGGCGGGGCUUCCCGGCGCUGGCGGGGACCCCCUGGAGCACGGACUGCGGCUGGGGCUGCAUGCUGCGCACCGCACAGAUGCUGCUGGCCCAGGGGCUCGUCCUGCACCUCCUGGGCAGGGACUGGAUGUGGUCCGAGGCGAUGCCGGAGGUGGAGACGGCGGCUGGGUCCCGGCGAGCGAGGGACCCCCCGGGAGGGACGCGGGACCCCCCAGGAGGGACGCGGGACCCCCCAGGAGGGACACGAGACCCCCCGGGAUGGACGCGGGACCCCCUGGGAUGGACGCGGGACACCCCAGUGCAGACACAAGAGCCCCCAGGACGGACACGAGACCCUCCAGGAUGGACACAGGACCCCCCGGCACGGACGCGAGACCCCCCAGGAUGGACUGAAGCCCCCCCCGGCGUGGACGCGGGGACCCCCCGGGCCGGGCAGGGACCCCGCGGGAGGCUGAGCGGCGGCACCGCCAUCGUGGCCUGGUUCGCCGACCACCCGCGGGCGCCUUUCGGCAUCCAUCGUUUGGUAGAGCUGGGUCGGAACGCCGGGAAAAAAGCCGGGGAUUGGUACGGCCCUUCCAUCGUCGCCCACAUCCUUCGGAGAGCGGUGGAAACCUGCCCGGAGACCGGCGGCCUCUCCGUCUACGUCUCUCAGGACUGCACCGUUUACAAAGGGGACGUCGCCGGCCUGGUGCAGGGGGACGCCGAGCGGACGGUGCCGGGGCAGCGCCGCGCCGUCGUCGUCCUGGUGCCGGUGCGGCUGGGGGGGGAGACCCUGAACCCCGUCUACGUGGAUUGCGUCAAGGAGCUGCUGAAGCUGAAAUCCUGCGUGGGCAUCAUCGGCGGCAAACCCCGGCAUUCCCUCUACUUCGUCGGCUUCCAAGACGAUUUCUUGCUCUACCUGGACCCGCACUACUGCCAGCCCUUCGUCGACACCUCCCGGGAGAACUUCCCCUUGCAGUCCUUCCACUGCAGCUCGCCCCGGAAAAUGGCCUUUGGGAAGAUGGAUCCCAGCUGCACCAUCGGCUUCUACGCCGCCGCCGGGCCGGACCUGGACGAGCUCUGCUCCGACCUCACCCGCGUGAGACCCCCCCCCUCGGCGCCGGAACGCUACCCCAUCUUCACGGUGGCGGAGGGUCAGGCGCAGGACCACGGCCUGGAGCCGCUCGGCUCUCGCCCCCCCCCGCCGCCGCCGCCCCCCCGCGCCGGCAAGCGCCCCAAAAAACCCGGCGCCGACGAGUUUGUCUUCCUCUGA